AGGCGACGAGUGGUUGGAACCUUCCCUCGCCUUCCCCUUCCCCUUCCCCUCCCAGGAUAGGCUGGGACCCGGCACCGGAGCUAUCCCGUGGCCGCUGCGGCCUCAGCUCCAGCCGGGCCGGGGUACGGAGAGUCCAGACCGCUUCCAGGGCGAGUGCUCCUGAUUGUGACAUCACAUCCAUCCCCUUGGCGAUGGAGCUUGUCACUAGGAAGGAAGACUCAGUCGGACAAUAGCCAACAAGAUGGGUUACUGGGAGCGUCUCCUGAGUGGCACUGAGUGGAGGCCUCAGGGGGUUGGAGCCUUGUGAACAGGGAACCUACCCCCCAACACUUGGAAGAAGCCAGGAUUCUUUUGGUUGUAAAGUGGAGAAACCCAACUCAAAGUAGGGACCUGGGUUUCAGUGAUGAGACAUGGGGUAUGAUGUAACCCGUUUCCAGGGGGAUGUUGACGAAGACCUUAUCUGUCCUAUUUGCAGUGGAGUCUUGGAGGAGCCAGUCCAGGCACCUCAUUGUGAGCAUGCUUUCUGCAACGCCUGCAUCACCCAGUGGUUCUCUCAGCAGCAGACGUGUCCGGUGGACCGUAGCGUUGUGACGGUCGCUCACCUGCGCCCAGUACCUCGGAUCAUGCGGAACAUGUUGUCAAAGCUGCAGAUCGCCUGCGACAACGCUGUGUUUGGCUGUAGUGCUGUUGUCCGGCUUGACAACCUCAUGUCUCACCUCAGCGACUGCGAACACAACCCCAAACGGCCUGUGACCUGUGAGCAGGGCUGCGGCCUGGAGAUGCCCAAAGAUGAGCUGCCAAACCACAACUGCAUUAAGCACCUGCGCUCCGUGGUGCAGCAGCAGCAGACCCGCAUCGCAGAGCUGGAGAAGACCUCCGCUGAGCACAAACACCAGCUGGCGGAGCAGAAGCGAGAUAUCCAGCUGCUAAAGGCAUACAUGCGUGCAAUCCGCAGUGUCAACCCCAACCUUCAGAACCUGGAGGAGACUAUUGAAUACAACGAGAUCCUAGAGUGGGUGAACUCCCUGCAGCCCGCAAGAGUGACCCGCUGGGGAGGGAUGAUCUCGACCCCAGAUGCUGUACUCCAGGCUGUAAUCAAGCGCUCCCUGGUGGAGAGUGGCUGUCCUGCCUCUAUCGUCAACGAGCUGAUUGAAAAUGCCCACGAGCGGAGCUGGCCCCAGGGUCUGGCCACCCUAGAGACAAGACAGAUGAACCGGCGCUACUAUGAGAACUACGUGGCCAAGCGCAUCCCUGGCAAGCAGGCUGUGGUCGUGAUGGCCUGUGAGAACCAGCACAUGGGCGAUGACAUGGUGCAGGAGCCGGGGCUUGUCAUGAUCUUUGCGCAUGGCGUGGAAGAGAUAUAGGAGCUCUCGACAGGCUAGCAGGAAGAGAUGGCGACCAGAAAACCCAUCACUCCAGCAGCUGGCUUCUGAGUCCUCCCUACUAUCCACAGUACCGUGGCCUACACGUGGGCUGCACGUUUCCCUACACUUCUGGCACUGAAGGGCCCAGGGCACUUUGCUCAGCCUUUCAGGUGGGAAACCCAGAUUCAUCCCUUUUGCCUAAUUUCUUCCCCUAAGAUGUCUGUAAAUUUUCAGUCAGUUUGGGAAAAGUCCCCACCUCUAUAUCUGUUUUCCUGCCUAGGGUCCCUGGUUCUAGAUAUUUUUAGAAAGCACAAAGAAUUCAUUUUCUCUAGAGGAUCAGGGCGAAGUGAGGACUAUCUGAUCAUUCCCCCUCCUCCAAAACCAGGGAAUUAGAGCGGGCAGGUCUGUUGACACUAAACAGCAUGCAAGGGCAGCUCUGGGGAGCAGACAUCCUGAAGAAAUGGUAAGGGUGGGAUCAAAACCCUAGAAAUAAGCAGUGAGGCCAGGAACUGGCCCUGAGGGGAACUGAUGGCCCUUAGGGGAAGACAGGACCUCUGUGCCAAGUAAUACCCUGUCCAGCGCACCUUCUGGAUGCAGGUUCCUGCUGCUUCUGCAGGUGUGCAGGCUGGGAUGCCGGAAUUUUCCAGAUGAGUUCUGCUUUCCAACAUUUUCUCUUAGUUAGGGAAUGACAGGGUUGGGGGUAGGGGAUUAGUCUGUUGGGGUGGAUGUGCUCAGCAAGAAGCAGCUCUCUGGCUUUUGCUGAUAUCAGGUAGGCACUGCCUCUGGCUUGGGCCAUAAUAGUUCCAUAGACCCCUCUCCAACCCUGUGAUUGUAACUAGUUAUUUUGAUAAUUUCCUUUGGCCAUUGUUGUUUGUAUUUCCUUCCCCCCUCCCACUUUUUUUUUUUUUAGAAUGGCCUGGUUAUGGCUACCCCACUUUUCCAGCCCAGCCACAUUGUUGGCAAUCUAAUUUAUUUACUUUUUUUUUUUUAAGAAAGGAAAAAGAAAAAAAAAUUAACAAAGCUCAAAA